ACAAGCCACUUUCUGUACUUGAGAAUGAUACACACAAGAUGUAUUGGGAUCGCUCUGUGCUGACUGACAGGACAGUUGUGCACAACCGGCCAGACAUUAUCCUCAUGGACAAGACAGCCAGGGAGACUAUUUUGAUUGAUGUUGGCAUAUCAUGUUGCCACAACUUGGAACAAUAUUACAAUGAGAAAAUAUCCAAGUAUCUCCCCCUGGCUGCUGAAAUCAGGGAUGUCUGGAAGCAGGAAAAAGUUACAGCUGUCCCUAUAAUCAUCUCUACUGUUGGAGUGAUCAGGCAGAAGGUUUCAGCGAACCUCAGUCGCCUUGGUGUCUCAGGGAGUGCAAAACAUGGAAUUCAAAAGGCGGUUGUACUCAGCACGGUAUCAAUGAUUGGAUCCUUUUUGACAGAAUAGAGAUGUACCAAAGUCUUGCCAACGGCCAACUUAGGUUACAAUAAAAAAUGCUCACUUUGUAAGUGAUGAAAUAAUUGAAUAAUAAUGAU